AUAUUUUAAUCAUUAAGUUCAUAUGGUAAUAGAUUAAUUCAGAUUCUCUUCUAUGGGAGAAAUGUAGGCAUUAGUGGUUCGUUAUGGGAUUAUCCCCUUUUUUUGCAGUAAUAAAAGAGAAGAGUAUCGAGUAAAUAUGUUCAAAUGUCACACGCUUUCAAAGCAAAAUAUUGAAUUUUGAAAGUCUAAAAGUCUAAACAUACAGAAUAAUCAUGGCUUCCCAAGAACAGAUACAAGGAUGGUAGUAUGUAUGAUUUAUGGCGUGAAAAAUGAAAUGCUAACCUGAUGACAGCGUCAUUCUUCUGUGGAGCGCAGAGCAACGGUGCCUGGAGAGUUGUUUAUGCGGAAAAGUUCACUUGAUGAAAUCAAUAAAUCAGUAAAAGUUUGCACCCUCUCAUUUCUCUUUAUUGGACUGAGAAAAGAGUUGUAGACAGACUUGGUUCCAAGAAUAACUAGUUAUAGCCCCCAACGUUAAUUGCUUUUGGCAGUACAACUUAUGCCAUGUCUGCAGUAUUUUAAGUUUAAUAUAUAUAUAUUAACUUGUUAUUAAUGCUUUUUUCCCCCCUUGAACUAAUCCUACAUCGGAUGGAAAUUUGAGUUUCUCAUGGAGAUGUCCCAACUCCCAAGCUUCCUCAGUGCCAGAGCGUAGUAGUUGAGAAGCCAUGGUGCUGAGAAGGGUGUUGAAAGUUUCAAUUGUGAGAAAUGCAGACUCAACUUCAUAUCAUCAAACUUCAACUGGUUUCCUUUUCUUUCAGUAUCUAGCAAUAUUUUUCGUUUCUCUUCUUGCUGUAAUUCUAUAAAUAUGGUUUGGUAAAAGUUUCCCUUUUGUAUGUAAUGUUAGCAAAAUAAAAAAUAUAAAUUUAAAAACUAAAAAAAGAAAAAAAGAAAAAAAAAAGAGUGAGUAUGGCUUUUAUUAUUUAAUUUAAUUGGCGGUCUUUGCUGAAACUGAGUGGGAUUACAACUUUGGAUCUCGUGCAAUCCAUUGCCAUUCUUUGCUUACAAUAGCUAUCUAACGAUGCGAUAAUGAAAUAGAGAUGAAAAUAGUAAGAAGCUUCCUUCCUUGGGUUUUCUUCAAUCAAUCUCCAGAAUCCAACCAACGGAAGUACCAACCUUGAUGAACCUUCUUACCUACAAAAAGAAAACCCAAGUCCCCCAUCCAAAGCCUCAACCUUUUUAAUUAAAAACAAACAAACAAAUAAAGCCUAAACCUUUCAGCUCUUUUCAUCCGAAAUUGCAAUCAUCUAGGAAGGAGGAAAUGAGCGCUAAGAAAGUGUUAGUAGUGGGCGGCACCGGCUAUUUGGGGCAACAUCUCUUGCAAGGCUUUUCAGAGAUCCAAGCAACUACCCCGUUUGCCUUGGCAUUCACCUACAACUCCUUUCCUCCUCGGCCUCUGCUCCUUGCCUUUCCCACCUCUUUCGCUUUCCACGUUGAUUUGAAAACUGGACUGGGUUUCGAUUCCAUUUCUCAACAAUUUGGCCAGCCUGAUGUGGUUGUUAACUGCGCUGCCCUGUCGGUGCCUCGCGCUUGCGAGAAUGACCCUGAUGCCGCUAUAUCUAUCAAUGUGCCUAGUUCUCUUGUAAAUUGGUUGUCAAGCUUUGCCCACAGUGACAAUACUCUUCUUAUUCAUCUCUCGACAGAUCAAGUGUAUGAAGGAGUAAAAUCUUUUUACAAGGAGGAAGAUGAAGCUCUUCCCGUUAAUGUUUAUGGAAAAUCGAAAGUAGCAGCUGAGCAGUUCAUCUCUGAGAAGUGGUCAAAUUUUGCUAUUCUAAGAAGUAGUAUUAUAUUUGGGCCUCAAACUGUCUCACCUGUUCCUAAAUCUCUUCCUAUUCAGUGGAUUGAUGGUGUCCUUUCUAAAGGAGAUAAAGUGGAGUCCUUUUAUGAUGAGUACCGUUGUCCAAUAUAUGUCAAGGAUGUUGUGGCUAUCAUCCGGACUUCGAUUGAAAAAUGGCUAUCAGAGGGUAAGAAAAUGCAGUUGCUACUGAAUGUUGGUGGACCAGACAGGGUUUCCCGUGUUCAAAUGGCUGAAGCUGUGGCACAAAUUAGAGGAUAUGAUUCCUCAUUAAUUAAACCAGUGUCUGCAUCAUCUGUUGACCGUGGUGUUAAGUCCCCAGCUGAUAUAUCUAUGGAUAUCACCAAGCUGGUUCAGAAGCUAAAUAUUUGUCCUACUCCAUUUAAAGAUGGUGUUAAACUGACACUUGCAGCUGAAGCAAGUUUGUGAGUUUAGUAAGAUCGAUAGUUUCCCCUUUUCUUGAACUACUCGGCAUCUAAAAGUAGUAUAAAAUUGUGUCAUGCUGGUAUUUGUUGUUGAUAAUUAAAGAACACCAGUAUAGCUGUCUUGAGGAACAAGUUUAAGCAAAAAACUUGUACCCAGAAUGCCAUACCGGUGGUAAGAUAAGGUGGCUGUUGCACCUCAAUUCAUCCUCUCUCUAUUUCUCUCUGUUCUAAAGCCAAAGAGCUCUUCAUUUGUUCAGAUACCUUCAAAGCUGUAAUAAGAAUUGAGGAUGUUUACAGAGUUACAUUUCUAACUAUAGAUAUUUGUAUUUGGAAUUCAUAGUUUAGCCGGUUGGUUCAUUUGAGAGGUAGCAUCUAACAUGUUUAGCCAAUUGGUUCGUGCCACCAUUACCAAGCAAGAGGAACAUCUAGCAGAGAUCUAAAGUCGAAUAUACAAUCUUUCUUCUAUCUGUAGAUUACAACCUCCUUUGUACCCAAAAAUAGAUGUUUGUAUUCCUUGGUUAAUAGAUGUUUCAUUGGAAUAGA